CUUGCAAAGUGAAACUAAAGACGGCGAGAAAUCGCGAGGGAGAGGGGGGACAGAGAUAGGGAGAGAGAGGGGCGACGGCGAUGGGAGCUCGACUUGGGGAUGGUGCAGCGUGCCGGAGCCAGCCCAUGGCCACCUGGCAGUUCCUGCUUGUCCUUCUAGCCGGCUUCACCUGGCACGCGACAGACGGGUUCAAGGUGAUCUGCUCCAGCUACCUGAUCCAGGUACAGGUGGGUUCCCAGGUGGUGCUGGAAUGCCAGGUGACGCCAGUCUUGCAGAUGAAGAUGAAGGAGAUACGUUGGACUAAGGAGGGAGCGCUGGUUCACCUCUACCGCUUCGGGCAGGAUGAGAAUGACCAGCAGGACGCCAGCUUCCAGGGCAGGACCCACCUGUUCAGCAAAAACUUUGCCCAGGGUAACGUCUCGCUGUUGCUGCAGAAUGUCCACCUGUUGGACCGAGGCAUCUUCAACUGCUUCGUGGAGUUCGAGUCCAACCUCAACCACGAUUCCAGUGUCAAACUUGGCGUACUGAGUCUGGGCGAGCUCCCCUCCGUCAACCUGCUGGAGUACACGGAGGAUGGGGUGCGGCUGGUGUGCGACUCUCAGCGCUGGUACCCGCAGCCCACGGUGGUGUGGAGGCUGGGCCACGGCGGGGAGGUGUCCCGGCAGCCCGUAACCACGAGCGAGCAGAACGCCAAGAGUUUCUUCAGCGUGAAGAGCAUCGUGGAGGUGACGACCCACAGUGGCAGCGAUUACCAGUGCCUGAUAACCGGAGCGGACGCCAAGCAGAGUGUCUCCACCAACUUCCAUGUCCCAGAUGAGUUCUUCCCUCGGACGUCCAAGUGGAUGGGCGGAUUUGUGGUCAUUUUCCUGGCCGUCGUGGCAUCGCUUGUUGGACUGGGGCUCCUGAACCGCUGGCUGCAGCGCCACAUACGAGAUCUGGAGAAGCGGCCGACAAGCAGCGAAUACCAGCGUCUGCAGAUGAAGCAAGAGGCUCUGAAGAAGGAACUGGAUACAUUACAUGAUGAGCUGGGAAGGAUUCGGAUUCUCCCCACAGCUGGCAUGGACAGAAUCAGAAACGCGGCUGUUGCUGUGACCCUGGACCCCAACACUGCCCACCCGAUGCUCCAGGUAUCACCUGACCUGGUCACGGUGCGCUGUGUUAAGGGGCGGGCGAUCACUUCUGUAGACGGAGGGGUUUCGGAGCCCGUCCUCUCAGUGAUGGGGAAGCCACCUCUCAGAGAUGAGGAAGGGAUCACCUCUGGCCGGUGCUACUGGGUGGUGGAGGUGGGCAGCAACUCUGAAUGGGACCUGGGAGUUGCCUCCAACGAUGCGGAGAAGAGGGCCAGGACCACACUGAGACCCGAGGGAGGGGUCUGGUCCAUCGGGUGCCACCAGAAGGUGUUCAGGGUCAACGACGCCAAUUCCAAGCAGAUCUCCAUCCACCCAGCCACCCAGGAGAAGAUCCAGAUGAUCGGCGUAUACCUUGACUACGGCGAGGGCAAGGUCCUGUUCUGUGAUGACAGCACUGGCUCUCACCUCCACUCCUUCAGCGAUUGUACGUUCAAGGGGGGGCUCCUCCCCUUCUUCAACGUAUCUGCUUCAGGGAACGCACUGACGAUUUGUCCAGUUGUCCAUGUUGCAUGAGUCCGCGUUCAUUGUCCAGUUGUCCAGGCUGCAUGAGUCCUAGUUGCCCUGGCAUCGAGUGUCCACUUACAAGUUAAUAUCACCAGCAACUUGUCCCAGAUCAGC